AUGGUCUAUGCUUGGACAUUCAUAGCUGCUACACCACCUUUCCAAUGUAAACUACCAUUUGAUGAUUCACCUUUGAAUAAUCUUACAAAUCAACUAAUAUCUUCUUAUAUACCAAGUGAAACUCAAUGUCGAGAGACUCAAAAAAGUAUUUCUCUAAAAGAAUGUCAACGAUGUUUUCAAGUUGUAAAUAAUAGUGCUUAUAAUAUUGGUAGUAUUAGUGAAUUAAGUCCAUGUCGAAGUUUUGCUUUUGAUCGAACUUAUUAUCAAUCGACAAUCGUUGAAGAUUGGUCAAUGGUAUGCGAUCGAGUACCAUUAAAGAGCACUGUUCAAAUUGUUUUUUUCGUCGGGUAUAUGGUGGGUUCACUUGUUUUUGGUGUACUUUCUGACAAACUUGGAAGACGACCUAUCAUGGGUGUUUCAUUUAUACUGAUGUUUAUUGGUGGUAUCGUAUGUGCAAUAGCACCUCAAGAUUUCAUUGGUCAUGGAACAAGUUAUCCACUGUUUGCAUUCGGUCGAUUUUUGUUAGCUUGUGCAACACGUGGCAUUGGUAUUACUGGUUUUGUCAUGGGUAUGUGUUUAUGUUAG